AUGGAUGGAAAUGACACUACUGGUAUCAACAUGGACUGUAUUGGAGAGUUUGAUGGGACCCAAAUUCAUGCUUCUGUUUCUGCAUAUGAAGUUGCAGCAUUUCGUGGGUUUUCAGCACAAGAUGCUUUAGUUUUAUGUGAUGCAUUAGAGAGACCAAAUGGUCUAUCAGUCCCUAAAGGAAAGUAUUUCUUGGUUGAUGUCGGGUAUGCAACGAGACCGGGCUUUAUAUCCCCCUAUAGGGGUAUUAGAUACCAUUUAAAAGAGUUUGGCUCGCGGACACCGGCAAACCAUAAAGAACUUUUUAAUCUUCGUCACUUAUCAGCCCAAACCACCAUUGAAAGAGCUUUAGGUUCUCUUAAGGGACGUUUCAAAAUUUUAUCUUCAAGACCAUUCUUUCCUUUCAAAGCUCAAGCUGAACUAGUUUUAGAUGCAUGUAUUUUGCAUAAUUAUAUUAUAAUUGGCGGCGAAGAUAUGUUCAUACCCUCUGAGGAAGAAUGGACACCACAACAACCACCCUCAAAAAGUAACGUGAGAGAACAAAGAGAGUAUGCCCAAGAGUGGGUGGCACGUCGGGAACAGAUGGCAUGUGAUUUGUAG